AACACGGUCGUCAGAAUGACCUCGCGGUACAUGUAUUUCCGUGCUUGCCUCUCUUGGCUAUUCCUGAUACUGAGUGAAUGUGGAACUAACGUCGGUAAGCGUGUUAGUGAUGCCUCGUAUACAUUUACCAUUCUACAUAUGUGGCGAUUGUAGAUCACAUCCGAUUAUCACAUACACCACACAGCAAUAAGUCUAGUGAGUGAGUAUGGUGGACAUACACCGCUUUGAACAGUAUUUGAGUCAGCGGCUGGAAUACCGCUCUACAUAAACGCAAAUUUGAAAAUCUUUGAUCGACAGUGACAAAAAUGAUGUCGGAUGCAAUUCCCUAUGUUGAUUUCUAUCAUAUGCUCACGAAUGUUUUCAGGUGAACAAUUGACUUGCCUUCGCAUGUGUUUGUUUGUGAACAGUAUUUGAGUCAGCUGCUGGAAUAUCACUCUACAUAAACGCAAAUUUGAAAACCUUUACGCAUCAGUGACAAAAAUGAUGUCGGUGCAAUUCCCUAUUUUGAUUUGUAUCAUAUGCUCACGAAUGUUUUCAGGUGAACAAUUGACUUGCCUUCGCAUGUGUUUGUGACGGAUGUACCCGUGAGGCUGAGUACGAUCAGCCUUUCGCUAACACCUGGUAUCAUCACUAUUUUUGUAGUGAUGUUAUGUUACUACGCUUUUCAGUCCUACCAGAUUACACUGACACGUCGUGAUAUAUAUGCCUGAGAAUACACAGUUUAAUACAGUUAAAACGACGUUCAAACCAGCUCAUUCACCUACUCUUAAUCUAUACGUUGUGGUCCCCAGUACAAUCGUCCGGAUCAGUGUGUGUUAUUGUUGUUUAACGCCGCACUCUGCAAUGCUCCAGCUAUAUGACGCCGGUCUGUAAAUAAUCGAGUGUGCAGCAGACAAUCUAGUGUCUUAUUGUGAGCAGCGAUCCACGCCGUCGGGGUACGUUGACGCCCCAACAACCAACCGAACCUCACCACCCUCUUUAAACUAAACCCUCUUAUAACCGGCAUACGUUUUCAGGGAGCAAUUCUAACCAUGGAUCCCCAUGGGUUCCCAAUACAGUCGCCUCUUACGCCUAGAAAUGGUGUUUGGGACACAUUCUAUCCCGGAUCCCAACAGUGGUAAGGAAUUUCCGGACUAAGGAAUCAUGCAUGUCUCAGGAGUAAUGUCGACGUGUCAAACAUUGAUUGCCGGAAAUAGGGUUUUCCGGAUGAACGAGAUUUCGCUGUCUGUAAAUGUUGAUCCUGAUUGCCAUUGUCAUUGCCAUUGUUUUAAAAAUAUGCUUAUAUUUUCACAGCUGAAACGUGUUCAAAUUAUACCUGCGGGGGUAUCCUUGAUGCUUCAAACACGCCCCAGGAUUUGAUGUCGCCCGGAUAUCCUGUCGGUUAUCCAAAAUAAGCAAUCUUGAAUAUAAACGCUGGAAACAGGUUCCUCAUUUUGUCAUAAAUUUUUUGAAGCAUGUUCAACACGCGUCUCUGUUACUGUUUAAGCGCUAGCAUCGUAGGUAAGUGGGCUUAUACGUUUUAACAAGGAAAGGCAUCAGAUGGCAGGCACCAGUACGGGUGUGCCUGUCAUCAUAGCACAUCUAAUUAGACAUCAUUGUUGAGGGUUUCUGCCCGGAAUCCGCAACCAUAAAUACCUCGUAUUUUCUUGGCACACAGCUUGCAGUAGAGUGAGUGUAGUCCUGUUAAAUUGAGCGUGAUGUCAGUAUGGAUGAUCAGCAUCUUUAUUGCCGUGUUAUUGUGGCGACAUUUCGGUAUAGAUUCCAAUACCAUUCGAUUGGCUUUAUCAAUUGUGUGAUCAGGUUGUUUCGAUUGGGGUGUUCCUUGUGACUGAUAUGACUAAGACAUUGUUUUUUUAAGGCGACUGGAUCUCUGUCUCCUUAUAUAUAUAAAUAAUAAUGCAACACAAAGAUGCAAGAACACGCACAUACAUAUGCAGGUGUGGAUGGGGGAUUACCACCUAACGAGGUCGUGAUGGUACAGUCCGUUUUGUUCCAGUAACUGCACGUGUACCUGGAGCAUCAGAGCACCUGCACAGAAUGACAUGAUACGGAUUGUGGUUCUGGAUUCUAUACUUGAGAAUGAGAUGGAAUGCAAAUAUGACUCUGUCAAGGUAUAUGACGGGUUCAACACCAGCACAAGGCACAUGAACACGUGGUGCGGGACGAUGACUCCAACUAUUCAGAGCAGGCUCAGUGCGAUGACUCUUCACUUCACUACCAACGCUAACAGAACAUAUAAAGGAUUCAAACUGCAAUAUUACGCAACGACAGAGUACUACCACUGUGGAACAAAUCUGACAGCUAAAACGUCACCUCAGUUUCUGACAACUCCUGGGUAUCCCAAUAUGUACCAAAAUGAAGCUCGGUGUCGUUGGAUUAUAGCAGCUCCUGGCGAAAACAAAGUUCAGAUGCGGGUCAUUCAUUCCAAUAUAGAAACCCAACUGUUUUGUAGACAUGACUGGGCAAGAGUGUUGGAUGGCAACUCUCUCACGUCACCCAAACUCGGAACCUUCUGUGGCUUUAGGACACCUUCCUACAACAGCACUGGAAGAUACCUCCUCAUUGAAUUUCAUUCGGAUUCGACAAGAACAUUUAAAGGCUUCAAGAUACAGUAUACCACAGAGGCUGACAAAAGCAGUGCACACAGUCUUACAUAUAACUUAGUGUUGUUAAUCAUCUUAUAUAUGUCACUAUAAGAAAUGUGUCAUAUCGAAAAUACAUUACACGUGUAUGAGCAGAUGUACUCAUAAUAAUUGUAUUCAACAUAUUUUACUCAACAAUUUUUUCCUGACAACUAUGUACAUUUUAUGUGAUAACGUUCUAUUUAAAGUAUAUCGAUGCAAUCGGAAAUCAAUAUAGCAGUUAACGAGUGGGAUAAGUCUGAGUGACAAAAGUUUCAGAGAACGAGUGUGUUUAACGCCGCUUUUGACGUCAUGUCAGCCUCUUUUUGAAGGGAAUCCCAACACGCGCAAGUCUCAGACAUUUAUAUAUUACCAUUGUUGUGAUGACUUGGUUGAUGUAUAUCAUCGAUCCUAAAUGCGUGGAUCGAUGCUCAUGAUGUCAAUCACUGGAUUGUCUUGUCCAGACUCGAUUAUUUCCAGACCGCCGUCAUAUAGCCGGAAUAUUGCUGAGUGCGGCGUUAAACAACAAGCAAACAAACUAAUGUGGUGCAGCCCACGAACACGGGUAUGGUGAUGACGAAUGUAAACCUAGAAACACGAUCAGGGCGAAUCAGGGAUUGGAACCAAUGGCCACGACUAUCGUCUCUUAGACGAGAAGGCCAAACCUACCAUCAUGUCGAAUAAAGAUUAUGUUUUCAUUUUUACAAAAUAAAUAUACCGUCGACGUUCUGUUGUUUCCAAUGUUUACCCAUCGUUCCUUCACCAUCGAAAUGUAUUCUAGGCGUUUCGGUUUCCUUCACAAUAGCCACAUAGUUUCCGAAACAGCACACAAAACUUUCGAAUUAUGAAUUAUCUCUUGUCUAUUAUUGUGUCCAAUUUUCGCUACAGACAAUUUCUAUGUACCUGUUUACUUCAUGCUUUUUGACGGACUACUUAAUUUUGCUUUUUUCAUUUAAACUUCAAUCCAUUUUCCCUGUUAUUAUUGUGAUUAUUGACAAUAAAAUUACACCAGUGCCAGGUUUUCCAUUAUAUUACUCACAAAGCAGUCACUAAAUAUAUAGUUGUCCUACUUACCUUCAUCGCCUGUCAUUUUACAUCAGGUGCGGUCGGGUAGCCUAGUGGUUAAAGCGUUCGCUCGUCACACCGAGGACCCGGGUUCGACUCCCGAC